AUGGGAAGUACAUAUAAUCGCCGUCAGAAUCUGCAGUUUAGUCACAGCAGCAAGGGAAGUAUUUUUUUGCCCAUGUUAUGUUCAAGAACAUCCAUUAAUAAAGAUGUGGUGGUGAGGCUUCCCAGAUGGGAACACAAGUCAUCCGAUGACCCUCUGUCUCCAAAGAUCAGUUGCAUGGGACAAGUGAAGAGGAACAACAGGAUUGUCGGAUUCCCUGCACUCGAUCUCACCGCCAAGAUCAACAGCUGCAAUACUAGUAAGGGUAAUAACAUCAAGUACUUGAAGCUUAAGAAGCUGUUUUCCGGCAACAAUAGCAGGAGAAAACCAGGGUUAGAAAAUGGUGGAAAAGAGAAUUGCGGGUCGAGUUCGAUCAGCGUCGAGAACAUGGAUCCCCCUUUGCCUGUCAUCAAGAGAGUUCCGAAAAAAGGUGAUAAAGGAGAUGGGGACACUCUUUGGCAGAGGAGAUCUCGUGGAGUUUCUCUGGAAAGCUUACAACUUCAACAGAUUCAAAUUGUGGUUUUCACUGAUGUAUUUCCACAAGAGGCAUGGAAUUAUGGUGAUGCCAGUCAAGAACUCAAAGAUGCAUAUGAAUGA